AUGUCUUCCGAGGACAAGUACGAAACGCUGGAGAAGAUUGGCCAUGGCUCCUUCGGUGUCAUCCGCAAAGUCCGUCGCAAGGCCGACGGCUUCAUCAUGUGCCGCAAAGAAAUCUCGUACCUCCGCAUGUCGCAGAAGGAGCGCGAGCAGCUCCACGCCGAGUUCCAGAUCCUCUCGCACCUCCGACACGACAACAUCGUCGCCUACUACCACCGCGAGCACCUCAAGGUCAGCCAGGACCUUCACCUCUAUAUGGAGUACUGCGGGAACGGAGAUCUGGGCCGCGUGAUCAAGGACCUUUCACUCAAGGGCCAGCGGGCACAGGAGAGCUUUGUGUGGAGCAUUUUUAGCCAGCUUGUCAUGGCUCUUUACCGAUGCCACUACGGCGUUGAUCCCCCAGAGGUUGGCGGCAAUGUCCUGGGACUUGUGCAGGGAACUGCUUCGGAUAACCCCAAGGUGCCGUCUGGAACAAUGACAAUUCUGCACCGAGAUCUGAAGCCCGAGAAUGUCUUCCUUGGUGAGGACAACUCCGUGAAGCUAGGCGACUUUGGUCUCUCCAAGAUGAUCAAAUCACACGACUUCGCCUCCACAUACGUUGGCACCCCAUUCUACAUGUCGCCUGAGAUCUGUGCCGCCGAGAAGUACACCCUCAAGUCGGACAUCUGGUCCCUCGGCUGCAUCAUCUACGAGCUCUGCGCCCGCGAGCCACCCUUCAACGCCAAGACUCACUUCCAGCUGGUCCAGAAGAUCAAGGAAGGCAAGUUCCCAGCGUUGCCGGAGGUUUACUCGCCUGAGCUCGGCCAGGUCAUCAAGGACUGCCUCCGAGUGAACCCGGACCGAAGACCAGACACAACGCAGCUCCUAAACCUGCCCGUGGUCAAGCUGAUGCGGAAGGAGAAGGAGGUUGUCGAUGUCAACAAGAAUCUCAAGGCGAGGGAGGACGCUCUCCGUAAGAAGGAGAGAGAGGUCAACGAGAGACUGGCCAACCUGGAACGAGAGACGGACCUGAUCCGGGAGGAGCUGGACUCUUCUAUGAGACGGGAGUGGGAGGUCAAGGCGCGUCUGGAGAUUGAUCGCCUGGUCAACGCUGAGAUGGACCGCUUAAACAAGCGAUUCGAGGACGAGAUCCAAGCACGCGUCGAGGCCGAGCUGCAAAAGAAGACGGUAUCAUUCGCGCCGUCCCGGCCGGAGAGUCAGAAUGAGGAGUUCCCGCCGCUCAGCAAGCACGAGUACCCUCAGUCAUCUGUCGGCACCAGCGGCGACGAGUUCCCUUCCACCACGGAUAUUUCCGAGUACUCUAUCGACAGUCCCGACAGCUCGCGGGAGACCAAGAAGGCCACGCGUACUCCAUUUGGUCGCGCGCAGACAAUGUUUGUUGGACAUGCCGGCACGCCCAUGGACAUUGAGAUGGGCUCACCCAGUCCCAUUGCCAUUGCGUCGCUGUCGCUGUCGCCGCGACGCAACGGGGCAACCAAGGCUCCCACUCAUAACCCAGGCAACAUCUUCGCUGCCAAUGCCAACGGCAGCUCGGGCGACCCACGAUGGGACCUCGCCCGUGAUGCCUUCACUGACUCGGAUGAGGAGGAUAUCUGCCCGUCGCCUACCCGCAACAUCAGAUCAUCCAAGAACCCCUUCACCUCAAAGUCACGACCUGUCCUCACUUCGCAGAAGUCGGGUCCUAUGAACCGUCUUAAGCCUCAGGCGUCCAACCCAGGCCUCGUCUCGAAGUGCACAUUGCCCCCUCUUGAGUCUGGCCCACGGUCGCCCAACCGCCGCCUCAGCAAGAUCCCCUCGGCGGCGAGCCUCCAGGCCGACAUUGGCGUCGGUUUGACACGCAAGCAGUCGCUGAAGAAGAGUGGCGACGAAGGUCUCGGCAAGGUCGCGGCUAAGAACAACAUCAAGGGCCGCACGCUCGUUGAGCUUCAGCAGGCCCGCGCAGGUGGCCGCCCUCUCAGCGCCGUUGUCUUGCCCAGCACUGGCGAGAACGUGAGCCCCAAGAGGGCAUUCCGUGAGCGUCUGGGCAUUGAGCGCAAGUCCAGCGGCGACGAGCCUGCUGUCUGGGACCCGGAUUGCGAUGAGAUGCCGAGUCCUUUCCUGGUACGCGCGCGACGUAUCGCCAGGGUGUAG